UCGACUCCGGCCGGCUGCUGGAGAGCGCGGCGCAGGCUGCGCACUUUGUCUCUCUGCUGCGGUGGGAGAGGGCGAUGCCGGUCGGAGGGACGGAUGUGUGGCAGUCGAUGGGAGCGACGCUGGCGAGGCGUGCCGGCGAGGCGGAGGAGCUCGCGGUGCUGCUCUGCUCGCUGCUGCUCGGCUUCGGGCUGGAGGCGUACGUCGCCGUGGGCAAGGACGAGGCGGGGCCGCGCGUCUGGGUGAUGAGCGCCGCAGAGCAGGGCAGCUUCACCUUUUGGGACCCGGCCUCGGGCGCGAGGUAUCACCACGCGCCGGGCUCGCCUGCCGCCUCUCCCUACCUGUCCAUCGGCUGCGCGUUCAACCACGAGUCCUUCUACGCCAACCUUCAGGAGGACGACGCCCUCUCCUCCUCCUCCCUCGCCCUCGGGGAGCCGCUGCUCUGGAGAGCGAUCGACCCUGCGCUGUUGCGGCGCCUCACGCCGCUACCGGCGCCGCGGCUGACGGCCCCGGCGUCGCAGGACGGCAGGGUCGGCCGGGAGGUUGCGUUGGAGGCGCAGUUGCGCCGGAGGCUGGAGGCGCACCGCGCGUCGCUCGGCCUGGCGACCUCUUGGGACACCGCCCUCGAGUCAACCCUCGGCCCGGCUCUCCACUCGUACGAGCUGGAGGCGCAGUGCGGCGCCACACUUGGCGCACCGGAGUUCCAGCUCGCCGUCAAGCGCUGCACGCCGACCGGGCACACCUUCCGCGGCUACCCCGCCCACUUUACGCACGCGAGACCCGCCGCGAUGGCGCGCCACCUCGCCACCGCCGCCGGGGCUGCCGGCGUGCUGCAGUGCAAGGCGCCGCGCGCCAGGCUUGCGCUGCGGCUGCGCACCUUUGCCUACCCCGACGGAGUCACCUCGGCGUGGCUCCUCCUCGCCUGCAGCGCCGCGCUCGAGUAGGAGGGCUGAGAUGCGGCAGCGGAAAGGGCGCGUUUCCUUGGCGAUGCUCCCCACGCAGGCCACGGCAUGACUGCACCGGUGCUCUCCGGAGCGCUAAGGGUAGUUUCCCUGCCUGCUCUCCGCAGUCCGCCAUGCCACCUCCCCUGGUGGAGUCAAAUCUCUCUGCUCAGUAGUCUGGAGGUGAGUCAAUCCUCCUACCGUUGCACUUGUGGGGACGUCGGCCAACGCUCGGGGCUCUGAGGGCCCCGGUUUAGUGUGGAGCUUCUCUGUGAGGACUCUGUCCGACUCUGUCAGGACUCAUGUCAAGACUCUGUCAAGACUGUCUCUGUCAGUCAGGACUGUCCGGACACGGCGGGGAGCUUCACGGCAGGUAGGUUGGUAAGGUAAGGUAAGGUU